AUGGGAGGUUGCUUUUCCGAUAUUAAAGGUGGCAAGCAAGCCAUCGGUGGAGCCCAGGAGAGGCCGAUCAACCGCGACGGUGACGUAAACGACGCCGUUGAGCUCUUUAACCGCUCCCGCGGGGUUUAUCCACUCCACACGCAACUAGAGUUAUCCUUGUCGGCUACAAACUUGCUUGAUCGUGACAUUACAUCAAAGAGUGAUCCCAUGGUGGUGGCUUAUGUAAAGACAGCAGACGGUAAGCUAAAGGAACUAGGGAGAACUGAAGUAAUAUUGAAUAAUUUGAGUCCAGCGUGGAUUGAGAAAAUCCCAGUAGCAUAUCAUUUCGAGGUUGUGCAGCAAUUGAUAUUCCAAGUCUAUGAUGUCGAUACAAAGUAUCACAAUGUAAAUGUAAAGACAUUGAAGUUGGAAGAUCAAGACUUUCUUGGGGAAGGCAGUUGCGUUCUUUCAGAGAUAGUAACCAAACAAAAUCGAAGCUUGACCUUGAAUCUGAAUAACAGAAGUGGGCGUGGAAGAAACUUAGGAACACUUACUGUCCAUGCUGAAGAGACUAUGGCUUCCAAGAGUGUUGUUGAGAUAAAAUUUCGUUGUUCCCAAUUGGAAAAUGUUGACCUCUUCUCUAAAAGUGAUCCAUUCUUAAGAGUCUCUAGAAUUGUUGAGAGUGGCGGUUCUGUUCCAAUUUGCAAGACUGAAGUAGUAGAUAACAAUUUAAAUCCAAUUUGGAAGCCCCUAUCCCUGAGUAUGCAGCAGUUUGGAAGCAAGGAUAAUCCAUUAGACAUCGAAUGCUUUGAUUUCAACAGCAAUGGCAAUCAUGUCCUUAUCGGGAAACUUCAAAAAUCUGUGGCAGACCUGGAGAAAUUAUACAAAGAAAGAAGUGGGGUGAAUUUCAUCAUUCCUUCUUCUCAUGGUCGUGAAAAGGUUUCAAAGGGUCAGUUGUUUGUGGAUCAAUUCAUUGAGAAGCAGCAAUUUAGCUUUCUCGAUUAUAUUUCUAGUGGAUUCGAGCUUAACUUCAUGGUUGCUGUUGACUUUACGGCUUCAAAUAGAGAUCCUCGACAAAAUGAUUCAUUGCACUACAUUGAUCCGUAUGGCCGGUUGAAUUCUUACCAGAAGGCCAUAACGGAAGUUGGUGAAGUUAUUCAGUUCUAUGAUGCUGAUAAACGUUUUCCUGCUUGGGGCUUUGGAGGAAGGAUAGGUGGAGGGCCUGUGUCGCACUGUUUUAACUUGGAUGGAACUGCUACUGGCUUUGAGGUUGAAGGAGUUCAAGGCAUAAUGACUGCUUAUGCCAGUGCCCUACAGAAUGUUGCUCUCUCAGGACCCACUUUGUUUGGCCCAGUGGUUAAUAAGGCUGCAGAGAUUGCUGGCCGUUCUCUAUUUCAGAACCACAAUAAGUACUAUGUGUUGCUGAUCAUAACGGAUGGGAUCCUUACAGACCUCCAGGAAACAACAGAUGCUUUGGUGAGGGCAUCUGAUCUUCCCUUCUCAGUUCUAAUAGUUGGAGUAGGAACUGCAGAUUUCAAACAAAUGGAGAUUCUCGAUGCUGACGAUGGACAACGGUUAACAAGUUCAACAGGUCGUGUGGCUACAAGAGACAUUGUACAGUUUGUUCCCAUGAGAGAUGUGCAGAGUGGGCGCAUUUCUGUAGUUCAAUCGCUUCUGGAAGAGCUGCCUGGACAGUUCUUGAGUUACAUGCGCUGCAGGGACAUCAAGCCUCUCACUUUCAAUGCAACCCAACCAUGUUCGCCACAACUUUAGAACAGCACGAUCACAACAUCCCAAGGAAAUAAUUCAUGUCAUUGGUGGUGUCAUCAGAGAUGCUCAAGGUCGUUUUGUAGCAGUUUUUGCUAAACCAGUAGCCAUCACUGCCUCACCUAAGCAGUGUGAACUUCUUGCUAUCAGGGGAGGCAUAGAUCUGUUGUGUACCUUAAAUUUGAAUCAUGCUCUCAUUGAGAGUGACUCCAUGGAAGCUAUUUCUGAAGCCACUGCAGAUGAUCAUGCUCUGCUUGCAAAUGGAGGUAUUGUCGAUGACAUUC